AUGAACGUUGUAUUCACUAGUAACACAUCUUCGACUGCUGCAUCUCUGGGCGCCAAUGCCAACGUUAGCGAUCUAGAAUGCCAAGGAGACACGGACCCAAGGGCCAAGAAACGCUUGCAGAAUAGGGUUGCCCAGCGAAGUUACCGGCGUCGCGUCAAGUCCCGCAUUGCCGACUUACAGAAGAAGGUGGCUCAGUAUGAAGAUGCGAAUUCCUCGAAUGAAGUUACAGAGACUGGGGAUCAACCUCGUUCUCAAGAAGAUUCUGUGCGCCAAAGGAUCUCAUAUACAUCGCCUGAAACGACCAACCGUGGAUCAACUCAGGGCUUGCCUGAAGCUUUGAGCUCCCGGUCAAGCCGCGAGAAGAGCCAAGAGAGUUCCACUCACAAAAGCUCGAAUUACACCCUCUCCCCAGCAAGUUCUCUCGGUCCUGUGAAUGGGAUCUCAGGUCCUCCCGUGAUCAAAUCAGUAAGGCCUUAUCAACAAGCUAGACCAGGCCGCGAGGUGCAGCAAAGCCGUCCCUCAGGCCUUAUAGCCGAGCCUCACGAAGCCAAUGGACAGCUUCAUCAAACGCAUUUUGACGAUAUUGCCGUGAGCCAGAACACCAGUUCAGCCAUACUGCAGUCCUUCCCUACAUCAACCUUUGAUACGACUGCUUCUCAUCACCCAUUCAUUACUGACGACCUUGAAGGAGACCUAGAUCUUGGAUGGAUGAUAGCAAACACAGAGUUGGAGGGACAAAAGUCAUGCUCACGCGAUAAAUCACCAAACCACAACCCAAGACCCCCGUCAACAAACUCAAAUUCACUAAAAGCCCAAUCAUCCACCGCAAGAGAAGCAAGCUUCGCCUCAUCUUCAAGAUCACCCACCAUGCCCGGAGAAUCACUAAACGCAAGAUUCCAGAACAUCAUGGAAUGUGUCGGCGCAAUGGGCUUCGAAAGCUUUGACGAUCUAGUCACAUCAUACUAUGCGGAUGACUUUGAGGAAGCAUCCAAGCUAUUCCAUGAGCAGCGGUUCAGCAGAAUCAGAAGACUUCCUGGAGUAUUCGCGGAGAUAAUGGAAGGUGCAAGAAAGUGGGAGCCUUCAGAGCGCCGGGGUCUUGGUGAAGAGGUUCUCAAGGAGGCUGAAGCGGUUCUCAUGCUUGAGAACAGCGAAGCCUGGCAAUCACUACAGUCAAUUACAGAUGCGGCCGUGACCAAGGAUGAUAUCUCUACGGAGCAGGUAUAUCAGAAUCUCAGUACAGUCCUACCCAUGGAGGUCGGAUACCAAAAGCUAAAAUACUAG